AUGGUCGAACUUCCUGCUAUCAAUACGACACAAUUACAGAAGUGUGAGGAUAUGCUAGUAGACUUCAAGCUUGUCUCGCCACUGUCACCGCCUUACUCUCCAACCUCAGUUGCCUCGGGAAUGGCCUCAAGUACAACUAAAAUACAAAUCGAGCAUCCUGCUUCGGGCACCACCAAGCCAUCAGAUUCAUUUUCGAAAGCUUCAAUGCCGUUCAGCAGUCCUGAUGCAAAGACCAGCGCAACUCAUAGCCCAACGAACCUCCCUGAUGUACGCGCUUCUUCCACUAGAGACCAAGGAGUAUUGGUUCCAGAGGCAGGACUUCCUACUAUCCCUUAUUCUAUUCCUGAUCAUCUUAGUCGGCCCACAGGGCAUAGGAGCUUCACGAUGCUAGAAGACAGCAGCUUUGAGUCCACAGAGGCUCAGGUCGAAGAGCUUUGUCUCUUAGUUUUCGCUCUGAGUAAUGAGUGGAUGGAGAGAAUGAACCAGUCCUCUGACUCUAGUACACGCCUGAUGACAUUUUCUGCACCUGAGUUAUUCAAGAGAGGCGUUUGUUCGCUUCAGGCACUGUUCAGGGACAUUCUACCGGACAAUUUUACAGACGUUCUUGCACUACUACUCGUCGCCUGUGCUGCCUCGUAUGCUUUACAUCAGAACGAUGACCUGUACGACUGGAAAGCAUUCUUUGUUGAUGCUUUCCGGUGGCAGCACGUUCUGCAGAGCGAAAGCGAAAAAUGUAACCUCAAACAAGCAUUGGAGUGUCUGGCCUGCUGCGACGAGUUUCAGAAUAGCCUUACAAUUCAUUCAACGUCUUACAUGACUGGCCAAAAUGCAGUCGACGAUAAGAAUUGUAUUUUAGAAGAGACCGACAACUCGUCGCAAGAAGCGACGGUCAGUUCUGGGGCUUUUGGAAAAGGGCACAGGAGGCUCCAUCCACGGGAAGCUUUACAGGCAUUACGAGAAGGUGCAGUCACCAUGAGCUGUGUAACCUUCCUCGACGGCCUUGCAUAUACACGAAUUUCGGAACGCAAUAGUGCUCUCCUGCCAGGUCAUUUUGCUUGGUAUGCGCGGCAAAAAGAGAGCAACGUUCAGGAUCUAGUGGACCAUCUGAUCCGACCUCUUCAGUCUGCGAAGGGCAUCGAGGCGCUCUUCGACAUUAUAUUAGAUGCGGAAUUCCAGAUACACAUGGGCUUACUACGCGAUCCACGAGAAGUCGAAGUGGCGCUUUUAUACGCAGGCAAAUUAUACUCAAAAACAUCUCAGUUCUACGAGAGAUUCCAGGCUGUUGUCAGCCUGUAUUGCAAUUGGGCAAUGCAGCAGGUAGACUCCAAUUGGCGAUCUCCAUACUACGUGGCACAUCUGGACAACGUACUUGCCAUCGCCUUGGAGAUAGAAACCCGCCAGCAAAACAAUCUUGAUAUGCCUGCCGUGAAUUGUUGGCCGAAUGCGAGCGUUCUCGAGCUCACGCAACAAAAGAGUCCCAUGACCGGUAACAGUCAUGUCUCGUCAGCAUCACAUCGAAACUACCAAAGCUCGACUGGCACUCCUCUGACGGCCACCAGUGGAAGUACCACUAUAUCAUCUAUCUUCAGCACCUGUGAUAGUGCAGGCACAACAUCAACUAGGAUGUCACAAGCCUCGUCCACGUCCUCCAGGAUCACAACAGACCACGAGAGCCUGGAUGGGGCGCAAUCCUUGUCCGAGAUGUACAACAUUAUCAAUGGUCAUUAUUUUGAAGGUGUGGAAUGCGCUGUACCAAUCAGGCUACGGAAUCUAUGCUAG